GGUUUAUUUGCUGGCUCUAGCUAAUAUUUCGUUGGAAUGCCAAAGCUCACCAAACCACCAUCCCUCAAUAAAUGGGAGCAACUCUGAGUGAAGCCGAGUGAAGAAACCGGCAAGGAAUUUGUCAAUGUGACAUGAAAAGAAGUGUCGAGAUAACAGCGCCAGGCCCACACCAGACCCCCUAUAACUCCACUGAAAACUCGACACGAUUCAACGGCCUCUGAGAAAAUGGACUCGAGCGCCGACACAACCCAAGCGCCAGCGCCACCAGCAGAAACCCCAACAGAAGCCGCAGCCAUGGAGCGGCACCGGGCGGCCGUGGCCAAGAUCGCCGGGUCGGUGGCGCGCCUGUUCGAGGCCAAGGAGCCGUACCGCAUCUUCCACGGCUCGACCAACACCACGCGCCCGCUGCGUCCCGGCGACCGCCGCGUCGACAUCUCGGCCCUGCGCCACGUCCUGUCCGUCGACCGGGCCGCCCGCCGCGCCCUCGUCGAGCCCAACGUGCCCAUGGACCGCCUGGUCGAGGGCACGCUGCGCCACGGGCUCGUGCCGCCCGUCGUCAUGGAGUUCCCGGGAAUUACGUGCGGCGGCGGCUUCGCCGGCACCGGCGGCGAGAGCUCGAGCUUCCGUCACGGCUACUUUGACGAGAACGUGCGCGCCGUCGAGAUGGUGCUGGCCGACGGCGAGGUCGUGCGCGCGUCGUCGCCGUCGUCGCAGGCCGAGGGGGAGGGGGAGAACCCGGACCUGUUCGCCGCCGCCACGGGCUCCGUCGGGACGCUGGGCGUCACCACGGCGCUGGAGCUGGACCUGAUCGAGGCUAAGCGGUUCGUCCGCACCACGUACCGUCGCGUCCACAGCGUCGCCGAGGCCGUCCGCGCCGUCCGCGAGGAGGUGGACCGGCCCGGGAACGACUACGUCGACGGCAUCCUGUUCAGCAAGGACCACGGCGUCAUCAUCACCGGCACCAUGACCGACGACAAGCCCGAGGCCGAGAGGGUACAGACUUUUAGCGGGGCCUGGGACCCCUGGUUCUACCUGCACGUCCAGAACCGCACAAAGGCCCUCCCGCCCGCCUCCUCCUCCUCCUCCGUCUCCUCGGUCACAGAGUACGUCCCGCUCGCCGAGUACCUGUUCCGGUACGACCGCGGCGGCUUCUGGGUGGCGCGGCACGCCUUCAAGUACUUCUUCAUGGUGCCCUUCAACCGCUUCACGCGCUGGUUCCUCGACGACUUUUUGCACACGCGCAUGCUCUACCGCGCCCUGCACGCCUCGGCCCACCACCAGACCUUUGUCGUCCAGGACCUGGCCCUGCCCUUUGAGACGGCCGAGCGCUUCGUCGAUUAUACCGCCGACCGCUUCGGCAUCUGGCCGCUGUGGCUCUGCCCGCUCCGGCGCAGGGCCGGCGGCGGCCACAACACCUUCCACCCCGUCACCACCCCGCCCGGCGCCGACCCGAACCCGGCCGACGAGCGCCAGAUGCUCAACAUCGGGCUCUGGGGCCAGGGGCCGACGGACCGCGCGCGCUUCGUGGCGCUCAACAAGGACCUCGAGGCCAAGGUGCGCGAGCUGGGCGGCAUGAAGUGGCUGUACGCCCACACGUACUACGCCGAGCCCGAGUUUUGGGACAUCUACGGCGGCCGGGCUUGGUACGACGCCGUCCGGGCCAGAUACAGGGCCGGGCCGCUGCCCAGCGUCUACGACAAGGUCAAGGUGCGCGAGGAGGGGGCCGGGGUCGGCUUCAAGGACAGGCUCAAGCGCAUCUGGCCAAUCGGAGGCCUGUACGGCAUCUACAGGAGCAUCCUGAGCGGCGACUACCAUCUGCACCGCAAGGCCGGGUGGAAGUGGGCGGGGGAGACGGGGAAGAUCAAGGCCGACUGAUGGUCGAGAUCAUCAAGGCGAAAAGAAAAGUGAUUGUAAAAACUAUUAGACGGUAUGUUUGCGUAGCUGCUGGAUGCAUAGACGAGCGAGCGUGCGCGGCGCGGGCUGGGAAAGAGCCCUAUUUUCCUGUGGCAUAUUAGGAUAUUAGGAACGGAUUUACGUAUGUAUGACGACUUGGGGAAGACGGAAUAACACCUCUCGAGAUAUGGACAUGUUCAAAAAGCUGGUAAUCUGCGCCCAUGUGAAGUGUGAGGUGAGUGCAUAUUCCUAUGCGCGAGUGGG